UCCCUGGUCGGAGGCGCCGAGGACGUGGCCGUGUCCCUGUCCCCGCUGGAGGGUCGGGCGGGAUCCUUGCCGGUUCCUGCUUGUGGCGCGCCCAGCAAGGACACAGGAGACUGGAGUUUGACUGUGACCCCCAGCGUGAAUGCGCUGGAAGUGACAGUGAGGCUGAAGACGGUUCUGCAGUCAUGUUCCCCUAAUAAGAGUGGUUCCUUCUCAGAGUCCCCAUGUCUCAUCCAAACCCUUCUGGUUUCAGCAUCUCACAACUCAUCCUGUUUAGCACAUCUGCUCAUCCAAGUGGAAAUGUAUGCCAACUCUUCUCUGGCCCAUAAUGCAUCAGAGAACGUGACUGUUAUCCCUAACCAGGUGUAUCAGCCUCUUGGUCCGUGUCCUUGUAACUUAACAGCUGGGGCCUGUGAUGUCCGCUGCUGCUGUGACCAGGAAUGCUCAUCGAAUCUAACAGAGCUCUUCAGAGAGUCCUGUUUCACGGGUGUUUUUGGAGGGGACGUUAAUCCGCCUUUUGACCAGCUGUGCUCCGUUCAGAGGGCACACUCGGUCCCGGGCUGGUUUCCGUUCCUGUGUGUGCAGUCCCCCCUCUCCAACUCGCCUUUCCUUGGCUACUUCUACCACGGGGCUGUCUCCUCCUCGGGAGAGCAUGCUUCCUUUGACCUGCAUUUGUACACUGAUCCGAAGGACGUCUCAGACUUCGGUUACAAACAAGGAGAUCCAGUUAUGACUGUCGAUAAGUCAUAUUUUACUGUCCCUCAGGUGACCCUGGCUGGGCAGUGUGUGCAGGAUGCCCCAGUGGGGUUCCUUCAGAAUUUCGACGUCUGGUGCGUCACCGACCUGGAGGCCCACCGAGAGCAGGGCGGCAUCCUCAGCACCAAGAUAAAGAGCGGCGCUGUGGGAGGCGUCGUCACACCGAAAGUGACCUAUGAGGAAGCAUCUGACCUGGACAAAUUCAUCACCAGCACCGACACACUUUUAAGUACUGUAUCGGCCCCCCGAAACGUGAAUGUGGAAGAACAUUACAUUUUCAGGUGGAAUAAUAAUACAAUCAGCGAAAUCCACGUCAGAAUUGUCAGGGCAGAGAUUAACGCCCACCAGAAAGGAGUCAUGACACAGAGAUUUACAGUAAAAUUUUUAAGCUAUAACAGUGGUAAUGAGAAGGAAACAUCUGGAAACCCAGGUUACCAGCUCGGCAGGCCCGUUCGAGCUUUAGACACCAGCAGGAUGGGUCACGUUGCGGCCUUACACCUUUGGCAGCCAGCUGGGAGGGGAUUGUGUGCAUCGGCCACUUUCAAACCCAUUUCAUUUGGAGAAAACGCGCUCUCUGGCUGCCUCUUAGAAGUCGGUGUUGAUGAGAACUGCACUCGGCUCAGGAAGAAGGCUAUGGAAACACUCGAUUUGUUAAUGCAAGCAACUCAUGUUGCCAUGAAAGGCAACUCCAAUUACAGUGAUCUGAGUGAUGGCUGGCUGGAAAUAAUACGCGGAGACGCCUCCGAUCCGGGCGCAGACAUGUCCGCUGGCAGCGCGAAUGGCACCUGCCUGAACGUCCCUGCUCAGCUGGGCAUCCGCAUCCUCACCUCGGACGUGGGCGCGGUGGAGGGGAUCACUCAGCAGCAGAUCCUGGGCGCAGAGGCAAGGGUCUCCUCGGUGAACUGGCGGUUCCAGUGCAGGCUCACCUGUGGGCAUGAGGCCGACCUUCUCCCUCUCAGCGCAUCAGUCCAGUUCAUUAAGAUACCUGCACAGUUACCCCGGCCACUGACAAGAUUCCAGGUCAAUUAUACAGAGUAUGACUGCAGCAGAAACGACGUGUGUUGGCCGCAGCUACUGUACCCGUGGACCCGGCACUACCAAGGGGAGCCUUUCUCGCGGUGCGUGGUCAAGGGCCUGCUGCUGGUGCUCGUCUCGGCGGCGGCCGUGCUCCUGGGGGAGCCCUGGGCCAGGAGGUGCGGAGCCUGAGUUCGGCCAGCGCGGGCCCUCGCGCACCCUGGACUUCGACUGGGAGACGCGUUGCCCUCCGGGCCGUUAAUAAACAGGGUCUUGUUUUGUAGGAAGUGUUU